AAACUCGAUUGAUCCGUUUUACUUUCGUUUUGCGCGAAACCGUGCGACAGUAAUUCGCCUUUACCGGUUUAUACAAAAAAGAGCGCAUUGUUGUGUUAGACAAACAAUGGGAUCGUGUAUACAGAAAUGUUGCUCAUGUGAAAGCGCCGCUGUUUACAGUGAUUCAGUAUAUCACUGUGUCAGCUACAUGUUGUGGGUUUGUUUUGUGUUUGUUUAACGCCGCACUCGGCAAUAUUCUUAUGGCACCUACAGGGUAUGACGGCUCACUCAAAACAACACGCUUUAUAACGGUAUUGAUAACAGCUCGGUUGAUGAAGUCCCCUAGGAUGAAGUGUGUGAAUGUGUUGCUUGUGCGUCGCGCCCAAGUCUGCAGGAGAUACCCGGAACAAGAAAGCUUGACAUUUCAUCGUCGCAUUCAACUCGAAAUGGGAGACGUGGAGGUAGUGAUAUUUCUGGCUGUUAUCUUGGUCAUAAUUAUCAUCGUUUUCUGCUAUCUUCCAGAUGGCGGACAAACAGUUCAACAAUUUAAUGGAUCAGAGAUAUAUUUAGAAUCAACUAGUUUCACCAGGUACCCCACACUCGAUCUCCAUGGGAAUUCUGUCAGUAGUGCGAUUGACAAGUUAAACCAGCGCCUUAAUUACGGUGGGCCAAUAACUGUCAUCACCGGUCAAGGUCACCACAGCUAUGGUGGUAUUGACAAGAUACGACGAGCCGUCAUCGACUAUCUGGAUGACCGUUUGUAUACUUACAGUUAUACUAUUGAUGACUUGAACCCGGGACGUAUUCACAUCCAUCGCAGAUACUAGUAUAUAUAUUGAUACAUCUAAUUGUAAUGGUUGUGUUCACAUCAAUCACAAAUAAAUAUAUUAAUACAUCUA